AUAAUAAAAUAUUCCAUGGUCAAUACUUAUACAGUAUUUUUCUUGGCUAGCUAAAUUGGACUGAACUGAAGUCAAAUUCACACAUUAUUUCAACCUUACCCCUUUCUUCCUCCCGCCGCCACUCCACCACCACCAGAAACCCUCAGAUCUGAAGAAUGACGGCUUUUGGUGGUGUUCUUUCUCUUAGGAAUACAAUUGACAAUAUUCUCUGUUGUUCUCGUUUCAGCCUCGUAGAUCGCUCUCGACAAAUCAUAGAUGUCGUGUACAACGAGUUGGAUCCAUUGCAACAAAUUCUGGAAAAAUUGGACGGCACAAGUCCAAGCAGAAGCAGGAAGAAGGUGAAUGCUUUGGAUGGAAGAAUCAAAGAGGCAAUUUGGGGAUUUGAAGACUCAUUGGAAUCUCUUCUCAUUCAACACAUUCCUUCACAAUCUGAAAUUCUUCCAGAGAUAGUCUCCAUUGAUCUGCAGAGUCUCGAAAAUGAUGCGAAUUCGUUGAUCCAGAAGCUCGAUGAUAUGAAGGAGGAGUACAUUGAUGAAGUAGUGAAUAUGCCUCAAGACGAACCUAUUUCCUCAUCAAUUGGUUUCCAUGGAAGCAACUCGAAGAUGAUUGGAUUAUCAGAUCAAUUCGAGCAAGUCAAAGCCUAUCUUUUGCGAGGAGAUCUCCCGUGGAGGCUUGAGUACUCUAUCUAUGGCACGGCAGGCAUUGGUAAGACUGCUCUUGCUAUGCAAAUUUAUGAAGAUUCACAAAUUCAGAGCAAAUAUGAGUGUCGCGCGUGGGUUACCGUGGGCAGAGUACCUCAACCGAUCAGCCAAAUUGCACGAGGCAUUCUAGCUCAACUGUGUGGAAUUACACAAGGAGAUGAAGAUAUAAGUGAUCACUACUUGGAAGAGAGAUUGUAUGGCAAGAAAUGCCUCAUUGUGUUGGAUGAUGUCUGGGAGACAUCGAAUUUCUUGGAGGAUUCAUUUCUGAACAUAAAAAAUGGAUGUGUUCAUAUCUUGCUUACUGGUCGACAUCGAAAACUGCUGAAUAGCUUUCUUUAUGGAACUUGGCACGAGGUGCGGUUUUUGAAUGAAGAAGAGAGUAUGGAUCUAUUAUGUGAGAAGGUGUUUGGUGAUGAGAGUUGCCCUCCUCAACUUCACAAAGCUGCCACCAAAAUCGCCAAGCUUUGUGAAGGUCUCCCUCUCUUGAUACUAACUGUUGCUGAUAUCCUAUCCAAAUCCGAGCAUAACAGAUUCCCAACCUACUGGCAUGAAGUAGCAGAAAGGAGAAAUUCAGUCUUCACGGAUGCAUAUAAUCGAAUAUCAAAGGUACUUUUCCCAAGUUACGAGUACUUACCUCAAUAUCUGAAAAUGCCUUUUAUGUUUAUGGGAGUUUUCCCUCAAGAUUAUCACACACCCCCUUCCAAGAUCAUUGAUAUGUUGACUGCUGAGGGGUUGUGGUAUGAUCGGGAAUGUUUAAGAGAGCUAGCUUUCUACUACAGUCUUGUUUUACGCAACUUGAAGAGCGUGUUUAAAUCUUCACAUGAGGUGUCUGUUAGUGAUUUUAAAACUUGUUGGCUUCAUUCUUCAUGGCGGCAUGUGUGUAGAGGAGAAGCUAGUAAGAACAAGUUUUAUCUUGUCUUAAAUAAGUUAAUUCAUGCCGAAGAAAAAGCUCUAAAAGGCCAGCGCAGCUUGUGUCUCGAAAAUAACAUUUUAUUUGGCAUCAAAGAGUUUCGAGACUCGGUGAGAUUGAAUUGUGCAUCCUCUACACGUUCUCUCCUUUUAUAUGGUCCUUACCACCAAUAUCCAAUCUCUAUAGAUGUUGGUUUCAUGUUGCUAAGGGAAAUAGAUGCUCUUACACAACGUUUCUAUACAUUUCCAAUAGAAAUUUUGUCACUAGUCCAACUUAAGUACCUUGCUUUAACUUGUAACGGUGAUCUUCCUGCAACUAUAUCCAAACUUUUCAAUCUUCGAGUCUUGGUAAUGCAUCCACAUAUGAACAUUAGACGUUGUGAGGCUCCAUCAUAUGUACCAAUACAAAUAUGGGACAUGAAAGAGUUAGAGCAUAUUGAGAUAACGGGAAAGAGCCUUGCAGCUCCAUCUCAUGUUGCUUCUUUGAAAAAGCUCUCAACACUUGUUGGUGCAAAUGCUAGCAUUUGUACUCUCUUGGAACUUUCGAGAAGAAUUCCUAGCAUAAAGAAAUUAGGACUACACAUUGAGCUUACACCUUAUGAUGAUCAUAACGACCUUUUGAGUUGCUUUGAUUGCAUUUCAACACUUGGAAGUUUGGAGACACUCAAAUUCAGUAUCACAAAUCCUGUGAUCAAGCAUAGUCUGGUGUUCUCGGUGACUCCCGAGAAAUUGAGGUUUCCACGUAAUUUGAAAAAGUUACAUUUGGGUGGCAUUGGUUUACCCUGGGAAUACAUGGAUGUCAUUGGCUCUUUGCCAAGUCUUAAAGUGCUCAAAUUGCGAUCAUACGCCUUUUGUGGUUCUCAUUGGAAAGUGAAAAGGCAUAGUUUUUCGAGUCUUGAGUUUCUUCUUAUUGAAGAAAGUGAUUUGGUGCAAUGGAAACCAGCAUACCUAAGCUUCCUUAGGCUCAAAUACUUGAGCCUAAAACAUUGCUACAAACUAAAAGAGAUCCACAGGCCUGCUUCUGUGUAUGCAGAAUUUGGAAGAAUGAUCAUAGAGAUUGAAUUGGAGGACUGCAAUCCUUUAGCUUUGACGUGUGCCAGCCAAUUGCAACCAACUAAUGAUGUUAGGCUUCGUGUUACUGACUCUUCUUCUUUUUACGGGAAACCAACAACCUUCAAAUGUGAAAGGGAUGGAGCCGACUAUAUAUCUGGGCUUGAAAGAUCCAUUUUGGAAACUGAGGACGAGAAUGAUGAUGAAGAUAUGACUGAUAGUGAAGAUACAGACAGAGAAUGAUUUUGAAAUUAUGCCUACUGGGGAGAAGAUGGUGAAGAUAUAGGCUAGGACAUUGGUGAUUAUACAUGUGACGAGGAUGUGGAAGAGAAUGAUGAUGAAUAUACGUAUGAUCAUGAGGAAACAGAUGAGUGCACAGACAUCAAGGAUCAUGUGAGUUCGUAAACUUUUUUCUAGAGUAGAAACACAAGUAGAUAAGUAGAGAAAAGGUAAUUCUUAUCUAUCAACUAUUACUCUGAUUAAGAAUAACUAUUAAUUUUAAAAGACACAUCUACAGUUAUGGGCCAUUAUUUUUUAGAAUUACAAUAUUGCCAUUGCAAUCAGUUUUAAAGUGGUGACCCACUGUCUUUCAACAAGGUCAGUACAAGCAAAAACCGUAAUCCAUUUUUGAUUUGCUGGAGAGCUUUUUGGAGGCUUUGAAUGUGUUGCUACAUAGAAAUCAAAGUAUGAAUUUUCUUAACGAAUUCAACAACUUCUGCAGUGAUUUCUUGAUAUUUUGGUUUGAUUUCUAAUAAAUUAUCAUCAACAGUGCUGUGUUAUUGCGUUGUCGCCUGAAUUUAAGCAUUGUAAUUUAUGUUGGAUUCUUUUGAGGAUUAUAACUUGAGUGGAUUAUGUUUAGAUUGAAUAUUGUUAUGGGUUGGAUUUGAUUGAAAACAUUACUUGGGUAGAAGAAGAAUACAAUAAAAAUAUCAUAGAUUUUAGAUUCUGUCAUUUAGUUUGUGAUUCAAUCUUUCUUGUGUUAUGCAUGAUUUUGGCUUAAUUUGUUAUCACAGACUAAUUUCAUUAUAUAUACUGUUGUUUUGAAUUGUUAAUAUGAUUCAUGUAACUGAUGUUUUGCAUUUGAGGAAUAUAAUAGAACAAGGACAGCAAACAAAUCAGUUUCCAAACGAAAGUUCUCUUUUGUUCCUUUAACCAAAAAGAUGUGAACCCUGAAAACAUACAAAUUAUUGUUUCUUGUUCAAUUUUAAUACUGUACAAUGUUCAUUACUAUAGUUCCAACAACGAAGAUGAUGAGGAAGAGGAAGAAGAUCCAGACAAAGUCCGUGAUUUUGAAGGUAGUAUUAUACAUGGGAAUAUUUUGCAAGAACUAAGAUUAAUUGCAGUAGUAGCUUUCUAGUUUCUAGCUUUAUAGCUUGAACAUAUUACUUGAGCAUUUUAAUGUUUGUUUCUGUUGGGCUUCAUCUUUGUGAACAAUCGAUUUCUUGGUAUUUCGAUUUUGAUUCCGAUUCCGAUUCAAGGGUAUGUAGUUUGGAUUUUAUGAGCUUAAAUAUUCUCUAAAAUUCAUCUCCUACCAUUCUUCUCUUUUUGAUAA